GGAAGAGCUUGGGCUCCAAGAAAAAGUUGUUGACGAAGGAAGCGCGAAUUUCGGGUAUCUUUGGGAAAUUGAAAUAGAAACAGAUUUGGCAAUGAGCCUUUCGUUUUCUCGGGAAACCAAUGUUCUUUUCUCGGCGUGUUUUUCUUUCCUCCAAACUGGGCCCGACGCUUGCGGUCAAUCUGCUGCGAAGGUCUGGACCUUCUAAACGAACUCAGCGGUUCAGCUUCACGCAAUCGUCGAGGCACAGCCAUGGAAUCCCUCGCCGUAACAAUUCAUUGCCCGUCGAAACGCAGGCUUCUCGCUCGUGGGCUGUUUAUGCCGUCCCAGCUGUAGUUCUUGGCUUCGCUGGGUUUGCUUCGUUUCUUCAUUACAAUGAUGAAAGAAGAUCAGUUCCAAAAGGUCAGGGGGGAAGCCCUAUCUCCAACACCACUGUUAAGGGUCCGAUUAUCGGGAGGCCGUUCACUUUGAUCAGUACAGAGAAUAAGAUGGUCACCGAGAAGGACUUUCUCGGGAACUGGGUUCUACUCUAUUUUGGAUACACAUUUUCUCCUGAUGUCGGCCCGGAACAGUUAACAAUGAUGGCCAAGGCGAUAGACAAACUAGAGUGCAGCCAUAAUCUGAAGAUCCUUCCCGUGUUUGUCACCAUGGAUCCUCAACGCGACACACCUUCUCAUCUCCAUGCAUACUUAAAAGAGAUUGACGGAAGAAUCAUGGGAUUGACCGGACCUGUAGGUGCAAUAAGGCAGAUGGCUCAGGAGUACCGUGUCUAUUUCAAGAAGGUCGAAGAGGAAGGGGGCGAUUAUCUUGUCGAUACCUCUCACAACAUGUACUUGCUUAACCCGAAGAUGGAGGUGGUGAGGUGCUUUGGGGUCGAGUACACAGCGGAUGAGCUCUCACGCGAGAUUCUGAAAGAAGUAAGCCCCCUUUCAAGGUUACCCUUUUAACCGGAACCAGAGAAAUCCGAGACGAACGUUUUUUGGUCAGUGAAGUCCUUGAACUUCGUCUUCUAAGCCAUCCAUAUACGUCGAGAGCUUGUAGUGUAGUUUUUUUUUUGGGGGGUAAUUGAAAGGGUCGGACUUUUUUAGGGGAGAGGCAACAUUCUUGAAAUUCAUCAGGCGAAGACAAUAUAGAGAUAGACCACUGCAUUUCCAAUUCGGGAGUUGGUUUAAAAUGAUGUGACCCAUGAUGUUUUUGCUUA